GUUUUCGAGCCAGUCGGCCUCCAGCCACCGCCCCACAAACUAGUUAGACCGCAAUUCGACUUCCUCGAAAAAUUUCCCUCUCGCAAACCAUUUCGGCGAAGACUAGUAACGACGGGAGGAAAAAGUAGGGAAAAAAUCGCCUGAACGAGUGCAUUGGGAGCGCAAAUAAAUCGUGAUUUUCCGAUCGUCGAUCCACUCCGAUUUUUCGAGCUUCGAGCACUCUCGUGCUCUCGGUUUUCGCCCUCCCUCGUCGAUUCCACCCUCGAGUACAACCCCCGGAACACCAGUCGACUUCGAGCUCGAGCACGGACGAGAGCUUUUUAGAAAGGUCGCUCAGUCGGACGGUUUACGUCGGGGAAGGAAUCAAAGCGGAAGUGUGGCGACCGUAACGGAAGCUUGAUCAGUCGAGGCACUUUCAAACUUCACAUUUACCUUCACUAAAAUGUUGAUCGAUCUCGUACGCGAUUCCGUGCUGCAGUGCUUCUGUCACAGCUGCAAAGCUCCCUAUGGCCUCGUCGGUGCUGGACAAAGGAGAGCAACUGCACCCAUGAAAAAACCUAGUGGCAAGGGAAAGCCACGAACUAAACAGCCGAAGAAAGUGAAAUUUAUCACGACGGAAAUACGAUGCCAGGAGAAGUCAAAGGGUGGCUUGUGCUACGAGGUCAUAUUGGCGGAGCCAACUGUGCCAAAACGUGCUCCAUCCCCGCCCCAGCCGAGUCCCUCUCAAGAAACUGCAAUCGAGGAUAAGCUCAAAGCUGCUGAAGAGAGGAGACUCUCGUUGGAAGCUCACAAGCUCGCUGCACUCGCUGCUAAACUCAGCAAGAUCGAGGAAGUCUCCCGUAAGAAGGAUGAACUCAGUUCCGCUUUCAUUACUGCUACUCGAGAGUCACUCGACGCCAAGAUGAAUAAUACCGAGGAGAAGCGAGAGGCUCAUAUCGCUGAGCUUAAGAGCAAGUUGAAGGAACAUUUGGAGAGUGUAGAGAAGACCCGUCAGAAUCUCGAACAGCAAACCAUCGAGGUCCGCACUGCCGUGGAGGAGAAAUUGAAGACUGCCGCUGCUCAACGUGACGAGAACAUCAAGAAAAUGCUGGAUCGUUUAAAAGAGCACGAGGAUCAAGUAACUCGAGUACGUCAAGGCAUGACGGAACGAGUCCAGCAGUUGGAGUCCCAAAUUCAGGGGAAACUCGAUCAGGCGCGUGAGCGACGAGAAAUAAUGGAACGCGAGCAGAAAGAAAAGCUCCGCAACCACAAUACAGUGAAGAUUGCGAAAGUACGUGAAACUCGGGCGAUGAGGGAGCUCGAGACGAAAAAAAUAGAGAUCGACAUGAAGGCAUCGAUUGCUGAGGUGAAUCGAGAAAGGGAAAUUCAGCGUCGUAUCCAGGCUAUACGCCAACAAGAGAGGCGCGCCGAACUCGUAAGACAGAACAGAGCUCUCUUGGCUGGCCAGGAGAACAACAAACUCGACGAUCAAAAGAGUGCCUUGCCGGCUGAGAAGGAGACAUCGAGCUCCGGUUAAGUAUGUGAAAUUUCAAGCUGAUGAAGAGAAAAGAAGACAAAAUUUUGGAUAAAUUUCUAUCGACACGCUAAAAGAGAAAGAGAGAAAAGAAAUAGUUUCGCGGCUUCGAGGAGAGAAGAUAAAAUAGAAAAGAGUGAACUCAAUUGAAGCUCGGAAGUGGGACGGGGGCUGCCUGUGCUUUCCGGCCUGCAAAUACCGAAGCGAAAAAUCCAUGAGCAAGAUCUCAUGACGAAAAAAUGCAUUAAAUUAGAGAUCAUCGACGUACUCUUAAAGAUAGAGAGAGAUUUUUUAAUUUCACGAGCGGGGACGCUGCUUGAGGGAACUAAAAAAUAUAUAAGUAUCGAAAGAAACUGCAAACUUGAUUUUGCUUUAUGCAAUAUUUUGUCCCUUCCGGGAAUAUGUGAUGGAAAAACUCAUUCGAUCACUGGUAUCGACUAGCGCGAUACAAAAGUAGACAAAAAUAAUGCGAAAUAAACCGUCGAUGAUCCGAUUUUGGAGGAGGAAUAAAAACAAAAAGAAUUGUUCUAAAAUCGAUGUAACGAGCGUGCUGAUAUAAAUCUGUGGCUUUGUCUUUUUUCUUUUGUGUGCACAAGGAUUAAUGAUCUCGAUAUCGCUUGUUCGAGGGUUUUAUUUUUCAUGACUAUUAUUAAGGGACAUUUAUUUACUUUCACGUAACGAAUUGUAUCGACGAUUCUUCAUUUACAUUUCUUUUCAAUCACACACCGUUCGAAUUAUUAUUUGUCGUCCUUCGUCGAUGAGAAGGUACGAUGGAAAAAAAAUUUUCGUUUCGUCAUAACACUACAUUCGCCUAAUUUCACGAGCUCUGUGCGAUCCAAGAGCGUGAAUCUUUCAAUGAAAUUCACCACGAAAUUCCCGGAGCCGCGUGUUACUAAACGCGAGAAGAAAAUCCUUUAUGCUUACGACGCAUUUCGUUAGUAAACAAACAAAAGAAAAUGAAUAAAUAUUAAUUUAUAUUGAGACGAGAAAAGAAAAAAAUUAAAAAUUUUUAAAAACUACGAUAUCGUAAUCAAGAUGUUGAUAUGUUGGCUUCGAUGGCAAAAAUUUUACGCAAAAAUGACAGAAAAAUAAGAAAAAUAUGAAAAAAAGAUGCGAAACAAGUGGAAAACAGAAAAAACAAUAUUCAGCGGCGAGAGAAUGUCGCGAAGGAUCGUGAUCGCGGAAAAAAACAAUGAAGAUUAUCGAUCGCUGGUAUAUUGAAAAAAAAAAAAAAAAAAUCAAUAAAAAAUAAAACAAGAUAAAUAAUA